GGGGUGAUUCUGGGACUGAUGUUGGGGUGAUUUGGGGGAUGAUUUCGGGGCGGUUUUUGGCCCCCCCAGCUACGAGGCCUGUGCAGAGGCGGCGGCCUGGCUGCGGGCCCGGCUCCAGGAGCCCCCCAGGGUCGCCCUGGUCUGUGGGUCGGGGCUGGGGGCUCUGGCCCAGGAGCUCACGGACCCCCAGAGCUUUGACUACGCCGACAUCCCCCACUUCCCGCGCAGCACCGGGCCACGCCGGGCGGUUGGUGGUCGGGCGCCUGGGGGCGGGGCCUUGCGCCGUCCUGCAGGGCCGCUUCCACCUGUACGAGGGGUACAGCCCCGCCCAGGUGGUGAUGCCGGUGCGCACCCUGGCCCUGCUGGGCGUCCACACGCUGGUGCUGACCAACGCCGCGGGCGCCCUGAGCCCCGGCCUGGCCCCCGGGCACCUCCUGGUCAUCCGCGACCACAUCGACCUGCCCGGGCUGGCCGGGCGCAGCCCCUUGGUGGGGCCCAACGACGAGAGGUUCGGGCCGCGCUUCCCGGCCAUGACGGAUGGAUAUGACCCCGCCCUGCGGCGCCUGGCGCUGGCCCUGGCCCCGCCCGAGCUCCACGCCCGCCCGGGGGUCUAUGUGGGCGUGGGGGGGCCCAGCUACGAGACCUGGGCCGAGUGUCGGCUCCUGCGGCGCCUCGGCGCCGACGCCGUCGGGAUGAGCACGGUGUCGGAGGCGGCGGCGGCGCGACACUGCGGCCUGCGCGUGCUGGGCCUGUCCCUCAUCACCAACGCGGCCCCGGGCGACGCGGACGAGGAGGAGGAGGAGGGCGGCGGCGGGGCGGGGCCGGCGGCCGAGGCCGCGCCCCCCGGGCACGAGGAGGUGCUGGCAGCAGCCCAGGAAGGGGCGCGGCACCUCCGCCGGCUCCUGCUGGCCCUGGCACCGCGCCUGGCCGAGGGGGCACGCGCGUAGGGCGGCGUGGGGGUCACCGGGGCCUGGGUCCGUCCCCUGUCCCUCCCAUGUCACUCACACGCUGUUACUGCUGAUUCCAGCCUUAAAUCUCCCCCAUUGGUCUCGUGUCCAUUCCAUGUCCAUCCCGUGUCCAUCCUGUGUCCGUCCCGUGUCACUCACACGCUGUUACUGCUGAUUCCAGCCUUAAAUCUCCCCCAUUGGUCUCGUGUCCAUUCCAUGUCCAUCCCAUGUCCAUCCCAUGUCCAUCCCAUGUCCGUCCCGUGUCACUCACACGCUGUUACUGCUGAUUCCAGCCUUAAAUCUCCCCCAUUGGUCUCGUGUCCAUUCCGUGUCCAUCCCGUGUCCGUCCCAUGUCACUCCCUUGUCACUCACACGCUGUUACUGCUGAUUCCAGCCUUAAAUCUCCCCCAUUGGUCUCGUGUCCAUUCCGUGUCCAUCCCGUGUCCGUCCCCUGUCCCUCCCGUGUCACUCACACACUGUUACUGCUGAUUCCGGCCUUAAAUCUCCCCCAUUGGUCUCGUGUCCAUUCCAUGUCCAUCCCGUGUCCGUCCUGUGUCCCUCCCGUGUCACUCACACGCUGUUACUGCUGAUUCCAGCCUUAAACCCCCCCAUUGGUCUCGUGGCCAUCCCGUGUCCAUCCCAUGUCCAUCCCAUGUCCAUCCCGUGUCCAUCCCGUGUCCGUCCCGUGUCACUCACACGCUGUUACUGCUGAUUCCGGCCUUAAACACGCCUCGUCGGUCCCGUGUCCAUCCCGUGUCAGUCACGUGUUGAAUUCCUGCUGAUUCCAGCCUUAAACAUCCUUCGUCGGUCCCGUGUCCAUCCCGUGUCCGUCCCGUGUCCGUCCCAUGUCAGUCACACAUUGUUACUGCUGAUUCCAGCCUUAAACAUCCCCUGUUGAUCCCGUGUCCAUCCCGUGUCAGUCACAUGUUGAAUUCCUGCUGAUUCCAGCCUUAAACAUCCUUCGUCGGUCCCGUGUCCGUCCCGUGUCCAUCCCGUGUCCGUCCCGUGUCCAUCCCGUGUCAGUCACACAUUGUUACUGCUGAUUCCAGCCCUAAACAUCCUUUGUCGGUCCCGUGUCCAUCCCGAGUUGAAUUCCUGCUGAUUCCGGCCUUAAAGCCCCGGUCCCGUUGCUCCCGUGUCCGUCCCGUGUCCGUCCCAUGUCAGGGUCUCGUGUCAUCACGUGUUGGUUCCGUGUCGAUCCUGGUGGUGCCUUAUCCCGUGUCAGUCCCGUGUCAUUCCCGUGUCGUUCCCGUGUCACCCCUCCCUGGAUUCGCUGCUGGUUCUGCCUUAAUCCCUUUUAAAUCCCGUGACAAUCCCGUGUCUGUCUCGUGUCAUUCCCGUGUCGGCCCUCUCCCCGUGUUCCCUGCCAAUGGUGCCUUAAUCCCACGGGAAUCCCGUGUCAAUCCCAUGUAAGUGCCAUGUCAAUCCUGUGUAAGUCCCAUGUCAAUCCCGUGUGAAUCCCAUGUCAAUCCCGUGUAAAUCCCAUGUCAAUCCCAUGUAGUCCAGCCCGAGUUUAUCCCGUGUAAAUCCCAUGUCAAUCCCGUGUAAAUCCCAUGUCAAUCCCAUGUAAAUCCCAUGUCAAUCCCAUGUAAGUCCCAUGUCAAUCCCAUGUAAAUCCCAUGUCAAUCCCAUGUAAGUCCCAUGUCAAUCCCGUGUAAAUCCCAUGUCAAUCCCGUGUAGUCCAGCCCGAGUUUAUCCCGUGUAAAUCCUGUGUCAUUCCCGUGUUCUUCCUGUGUCAAUCCUUCCCCCCUCCCCCCCUCCAGGGCAUUAAUUACCCCCCGUUAACGAGCCACAAACUCUCAGGACAAGGGGCCAGUGACCUCCCCCCUCCUGGGCUAAUUCGCCCUCAUCUCUUAAUUAUUCGGGGCUAAUUAGCCCCACUCUGUUAAUUAUCCCGGGCUAACUAAUCUCCUUGGGUUAAUUAGUCUCGUGGGUUAAUUAUUCGGGGUUGAUCGCCCCGUGGAUUGAUUGGUCAGGGCUAAUUGGCCCAACUGCUUGAUUAUUUGAGGUUAAUUAGCCCACCCCAAUAAUUCGCUCCAGGUUAAUUGUUAUUGAUGAUUCCAGAUUAAUUAGCCCAGUUAAUGUAUUAUUCAAGAUUAAUUAAUCCCAUUAAUGUAUUAUUUGAGGCUAAUUAGUGCCAUUAAUGUAUUAUUUGAGCUUAAUCGAUUGCUUUGAUUAAUUAUUCGAGGCAAAUGCGCCACAUUAAUUAUUUCUGCAAGGCUGAAUGAGCCCUCAAUUAAUUAUUCUGGGCUAAUUAGCCCCGAUUAUUGAAGAUCCAAGGCUUUAAUGACUAAUGGUUCUGGGCUGAUUAAUUAUUCAUUAAUUGUUCCAGGUUGAUGAGCUCCUCCAGUUAAUUAUUUGGCUUAAUUACCUGCACUGCUUAAUUUAUUCAGGGCGUUGAUUAAUUAACUGAGGCCAAUUACACCUGCAAAGAUUAAUUAGCAAAGGUUAAGGGGCCCCCUGUUUAAUUACUCAAGGCUGAUCAAUCUCACUGAUUAUUGAAGCUUAAUUAGCCCCAGGAAUCGAUAAUUAAUUAAUUAUUUGAGCCUAAUUAACUAUUCAGUGCUGAUUAAUGCUGCUAAUUAUUUGAGCCUCAUUAACCACUUGAUUCGUUAAUUAAUUUUUUCAGCCCAAUCAGCGCUCCUAAUUAAUCAUUCCAGCUCAUUUACAUUCCGAAUCAGCCCCUCCCCCCUCCCCUGGGGCUUUAAUUAAUUAUUUAAUUAACGGGGGCGGGGGGGGGGGAGGGGCAGGGGUGGGGCCGCGUCGGGUCGUUCCGGAGCCUUAAUUAAAGUUGAUUGAAGUUAAUUAAAAGUGGAGCAAAGUUAA